GAGCAGAGGUAGUUGUCCCUUUGCUUUUUUCCCAAAAGAUCACAGGCUAGUUGAUCAUUAACAGAGUCAAGCUGAUCGAGCAACCCACCAUAGUUGUUUUUCCCCUGUACAAUCCCUGUACUUGUAGUUAAUUACCAGGAAGAUGGUUGAGGAUCUGAAGAGGCUACUGCUUGUUGUUCUUGCUGUCCUCUGGCUGCUCAGCUCAGCACAAGCAGGGAAUACAGACAGACUCUCGGGGCAUCACUGCACUGACUUCCAGACAGCAAAUUUCCUACGGGGCAGUAAACUUAAGGUCCAGUUUCUUCUGUUCACCUCCUCAAGCCCCAGCUGUGGAGAGCUGAUUUUAGCUGAUGAUGGUAUCAAGAAUGGCAGCUUCAAUAGCAGCUCAGAAACCAAGAUCAUAAUCCAUGGCUUCAGGGCUUUGGGUACCAAGCCCUCCUGGAUUGAAGGGCUUGUCCAAGCCAUACUGAACACAAGCUGGGUGAACGUGAUCGCAGUAGACUGGGUUUAUGGGUCUACAGGAGCCUAUCCCUCUGCAGUGGAAAAUGUCACAGAGCUGGCCCUCUCCAUCUCACAAUUCAUCAACAAGCUCCUGGCCCUGGGGGUCUCAAGGACAUCUAUCCACAUCAUUGGGGUAAGCCUUGGUGCUCACGUUGGGGGCCUGGUGGGGCACUUCCAUGGCGGUCAGCUGGGACGGAUAACAGCCCUGGAUCCUGCAGGCCCUAAGUACACCAGAGCCAGCCCUGAGGAACGCCUGGAUCCUGGGGAUGCCCUCUUUGUGGAAGCCAUUCAUACCGAUGCUGACAAUUUCGGGAUCCGGAUUCCUGUAGGCCACAUCGAUUAUUUUGUCAAUGGAGGCAAAGAUCAGCCAGGAUGCCCCCGAUUCAUCUCUGCAGUUUUCCUUGCAGGCUAUAACUACCUGAUCUGUGAUCACAUGCGGGCUGUACAUCUCUAUAUCAGCGCUUUGAAACAUUCCUGUCCAAUCGUGGGGUUUCCCUGUGCAAGUCAUCAAGAGUUUUUAAAUGGUCAUUGCCUGGACUGUGCAGAACGCUUCCUGUCCUCCUGUCCCAGAAUAGGCCUGCUGGAGCAGGCAGGUGUCAACAUGAGUAAGCUGCCCAAGGAAGUGACAGUUUAUUUAAUGACCGGUCCUUCAGCCCCAUUCUGCGUCUAUCACAGCCUGGUUGAGUUCCACUUGCAGAAGAAAAGAAGCACAGUCACCAGCAUUGAGAUCACUUUCUUCAGCAACAGCACCAAGGACACAGCAAAGAUCACCAUACCUACGUACCAGGACAUGGGCAAACGGCUGCUGGCCCACCAAGUUCCCCUCUGCCAAAUAAACAGCGUGACACUGAAGUAUAUCCCAAAAAAACGGUUUUGGAGAAGGGAUGAGCCAUCCAUUGUUGGCAAGUUCUGUGUGGCGCCGCUGCCUCUCAAUAGUAGCCGGACAAUGUCAUGCCUGCCCUGGAACCUCACUCUCCCCAGCAAAACAGACAUCUCCUAUGAUCUACCCACUGCUUGUGCCUAGCACUGCCUUUGGGAUACAGAAAACCAGAAAGGAGUCCUAAACCUAUUGCUGCUCUCUGCUCACAGGUGAUACUUUCACCAUAAAUCUGGAUGGGUUUCUUGCUCCCUGCAUGGGGACAGGAUAUCAAGAAAAAGAAGUGUGUGGAAUGUCAGCAAGUACAAGGUUAACUGGUUACAGCAAAACCUCUCAGUUAAAAGACUGGAUUGAACUUUUAUCUCCCAGGUUCUGUAGCCAGCUCUGAAAGUGAGACAGGCAAGUCAUUUAUCUCAAUGUUUGUAUCUAUGUGAAAGAAGGAGGAGAUAAUAUACUCUUUGUACAGUGGGAGUAUUGGUAUGAUUCAUUUGUGUUUUAUAAGAAAAUGUCCUGAAAUCUUCAUACUAAAGGUGAGAGGUAGUAUUUUUCCUCAGCAAGAGAAAAAAGGUGGGGUUUAAGUUUGGCACAGGAAGGAGUCAUUCUUACCCAGCACUCCAAUGGGAAACUCACUAGUCCCAUCUAUAAGACCCUUUCAGAGUGAGACCGUAUUGAUUUUAUGUUAGUGCUUCAGUAAGUAAUCAGAAUGCAUCUCCUUACCUGACGAGACUGGAGCAACUCUUUUGGUAGUUGGCUUGUUCUCCCUGAAGCUCACAUGAAGUGAAGCAGACACCAGGAGCACCACAGUGCUCUCACAUCCAAUUUUGCACUGCUUUGACCAUCUGCCCAGAAUAGAAGGUAAGAGGAGAAUGGAGUAGCUGUGGGGCCACCUAACACAAAUUAGUCCCAGGAACUCAGCACAGCCUUUCAGACCUGCAAAAGUAGUUGAGGUCUGGAAGUAAUUGGUGAAAGAUUACAAUCAGAUGCAUGACCAUAGGAAGAGCCCUCACCCACCCACACCUUUUCCACCACCAUGAUAUGUAUGCAAAUUAAAGAGGUGACAAGUCUUUCAUCACUUCUGCCAACAAAUCACACCUUCUAUUAACCAUUUUCUCUGGUUCCCUGUACUGGCUUCACUGGGUGAUGGAAAAGUGCACCAGGAACUCCGUGAUCAGGAGAGAGGGUCAUGCUAAAGGCAUUUCUGCCAUGAAGAAGCCUCAAGUCAUUUGUCGUGAGCUGUCACUACUGCUUCACUAAACAGUGUCACAGCAGGGUUAGCUCCUGCUUUCAGCUUGAGUCCAAGCUUUUGGGCCCUGGCAUGUGGCUGUUUGGAAGGCCAGCUAGCAAACACCAUCUCCAACACACACUCAGGACAGGGAUAGAGCUGGGCUCUGCCAACCUGAUAGAGAUCCAUGUUAGCUGGUUCCAUGAUUGAAGAGUUUCCAGGGAGCUUCUUAUUGAAGACUGGAAUAUAAGCUCAGCAGGCAGCUGUGAAGGGCAGUGUCUAAUUCUGGUCCACUGCUUCAGGCAAGUGUAUAAAGCACCACGACAGGUGGCCCCAGUUUCAUUGUGCAUUUCAGUUCCUUUGCAGAAGAGACCCCAGCAGCUCUCAUGUCAAUCUGCCAGAGACACUUCCUAGCUGUGAAGGGCAGUGGGGUCAGGCUGAACACAAAUGUAUCAACAGAGCAUGGGGACAACCAUCAGCAGGAUGAUUCCCUGGCCUGGGGCAGCCCCGUUCCUCUGCCCUGGUGUGACAGCAAAGGCGAGCAGUGCAAGGAGCUGUGUACACCAUGGAUCCCACACAUCUGUGGCCUCUGGGCCACAGCCCCUGUGUGAGCAGGGCAAGGUGGGUGGGGCUGCCUCCACCAGCCCAGGGCUAACACAAAGCCAGCCCCACGGGCAGAAUGGCUGUGUCCCUGCGUGUCUGUGCCAAGAGGCACUGAAGAAUGCCCUGCCCUGUGCUGAGGGAGGGAUGGGUGGAUGCUCCUUGCUCUUUCCCCGACUAUCUGCCCUGGAGUGGCUCCUCACUGCACAGCUUGGUUGCACCUUGGUCCUCCACCCAUACUUCCAUCUCCAAUUCCCUAGCUGAGGAAAUGGCUGGGGAAGCUCAUCAUACAAAUCCUGUUGCAGCUGAACUUGGAAGAGGCCUUCCAUCUCCACAUGAUUUUCAUUAAGACAUUGUACUUAGUACCAGGGGUUGUUCUCCCCACAGAUAUUUUGUAUUCAUUCGUUUCUUCACUUGGUAUGUGUGCAACCGGAGGUGAUUCCCCUUUGAGCACAAAAAAAAAAAAGGGUUCCUGCUCUCCUUCUUGCCUACACCUGUUCCCAGUCCCAAUUCCUCCCCUUUCUUAUUCCAAAUGAUUUAAGGCAAACAAACAACCUUUCCUUUUUUCACCAACUUCUUUGAGAAGUGGUGCUUUUCAUAAAUGAUAAAUCCUAACUCCUGGAAAAGUAAUUUCUGGUCUUACAAGAGUGGAUUCCCAGUGAGAUGCAUAUCAUCAAACUCUCCAUUGCAAGCACAUUAACAAAAGCCACCAGGCAGGCAAUUUCCCCUUGCCCUUUCCACUCAGUGCCUUGAGAUCACCUCAAGGGAUCUUUCUCUUCAAAUCCUCCCUCCCACUGUUACCUCCCUCUUCAAAUCUUCAAACACCAGUAGUUUAAUUUCUGACUUUAAUGGGAAUCAUUAAUCAAAGGGAACACAGAUUCUGCACCUUGGUAGCAGAGCUGCCGACACACCUCAGAGAGGGAGGGCUAAAAAACAAACCAUGAAAGCACACUGGGGAAGGCAGCUCUGGUGAACAACCAUGGGGUGGGAGGUGCUGGAGUGUCACACUGCAGUCUUAAGCAUGUGCUUCAUGUGCUCCUGAGUGUAAAUGUCUGCUGGCAGACAUCUCUGCGUGCUAAAGAGUGUGUCUCUGGUCAAAAACCUGUGUGAGCAUCUGUGCCCUUGCAGAGG